AACUUUGCAAGUGUCACGCCGAUCCAUCAUAUUCAUCCAUCGCUAAUCGCAGUUCGUUACCUAUUUUGUGGUAUUGGUGAUUGUGAUUUACAGGCAUUGUGGGGAAUACCAAGUGAUUUCAUGCUAAUCGAUGGCUCUUUGAGGAAUUCCGUUGAUUACUGAAGGCGGUCAGCGCGUUCCCGCUAUUUCUGGUGACUCAUCGAGACUUCAUAAACUCGUCACUAUGGACACGGACGAUGGUGAAUCUUCAAGCAGCGGGCCUAUGUCCAGCUUAAAUAGCUUAUUUUCUUUCACAAGUCCCGCUGUGAAGAAAUUGCUUGGGUGGAAACAGGGCGAUGAAGAAGAAAAAUGGGCAGAGAAAGCCGUGGAUAGUCUGGUUAAGAAGUUGAAAAAACGAAAAGGUGCUAUUGAAGAAUUGGAGCGUGCUUUGUCGUGUCCUGGAACACCCUCAAAAUGUGUAACAAUUCCACGAUCAUUGGAUGGCAGAUUGCAGGUAUCCCACCGCAAAGGUCUACCACACGUGAUUUACUGCCGAGUGUGGAGAUGGCCAGACCUACAGAGCCACCACGAGUUGAAACCCCUAGAAAUCUGCCAGUAUCCCUUCAGCGCCAAACAGAAAGAGGUUUGCAUCAACCCAUACCACUACAAACGGGUCGAAAGUCCCGUACUACCUCCAGUCUUAGUUCCUCGACAUUCCGAGUUCGCCCCAGGUCAUUCAUUGUUACCUUUUCAAAGGACCACCGAACCGUCUAUGCCCCACAACGUGUCCUACUCGGGGUCAGGUUUCCCACCUUCGGCUUCAUCCGAAUUACCGGAUACACCUCCACCGGCUUAUUCCCCACCGUCCGAUGACUCCGAACCCCCCGGGGAAGUCGCUCCAGUUUCCUACCAGGAGCCUCUCUAUUGGGCCUCCGUCGCCUACUACGAGCUGAACUGCAGGGUCGGAGAAGUAUUCCACUGCAACUCGCACUCGGUCGUGGUAGAUGGAUUCACUGAUCCGUCGAACAAUAGCGAUCGGUUCUGCCUCGGCCAACUGAGCAAUGUGAAUAGGAAUUCGACUAUUGAAAACACGCGACGUCACAUAGGAAAAGGAGUUCAUUUGUACUACGUGGGCGGAGAAGUGUACGCGGAAUGUUUGUCGGACGCUGCGAUAUUUGUCCAAAGUCGGAACUGCAACCAUCAUCAUGGCUUCCACCCGUCCACAGUGUGUAAAAUCCCACCAGGCUGCUCGCUAAAGAUAUUCAACAAUCGUGAGUUCGCGCAAUUGCUCUCGCAGAGUGUUAAUCACGGUUUCGAAGCGGUGUACGAGCUGACGAAGAUGUGUACUAUCCGUAUGUCGUUCGUCAAGGGCUGGGGGGCGGAGUAUCAUAGGCAAGACGUGACAUCCACGCCCUGUUGGAUUGAAAUUCAUCUGCACGGUCCGCUCCAGUGGCUGGACAAAGUUCUCACUCAAAUGGGUUCCCCUCACAACGCGAUUUCGUCAGUGUCUUAGCCGAGUUAUAAUCUCACAAAUUAUCUGCAUUUUUUUUAUCGUGCCAUUUUCAAAAUUCCCAAAUCGUGAUGUCUCACUGUGUUGACAUCUCAAAUGUUAGACGUAUUAUAUCAUAUUUUUUAUAAAUCGUAGCUCAAAUUACGUGUCCAGGCUUAAGGAAUGUAACGUAAGUAUAUGUAUUAAUAUAAAGACAUACUAUAGUAAUGUUUAUACUCGGGAAUGUAUGACAAGAGAAGAUAUUAUUUGUGUAAAUAAAAUGUUCGCGAUGUUUUUUUUUUAAAUAGCUCAUGCUUUAUUUUUAUUACUGACAGGGUUACUAAAAAGAUCAAGUUCUCCGGUGUCAUGUACACACAUUAUAUUCCAAGUAAUAAUUUAAUUUGCGCUCCUUAAAAUAAAAUAAAAAAACCACAUUCAGCCUGCAUAUUAGAAAAAAGAAAUCGCAGGAAUAUAUGAAGUCUAGACUAAUGACGUAAAAACCGGAGUAGUUCCAAUAAUACCACAAAGGUUCCUCAAAAUCUGCAUAAACAUAUACUGUAAUUUAUGCUGAUAAUAUAAGGAACAAAGAUAUACGUUUUAUCUGACACUGUAGGCUUAUAUGUUAUUUUGAGCACAAUAUUAUAUUUUAAGUCGAUUUAUAAGCCAAUUCGGCAUGGACAGCGCGGCCCUAUUUAUCGGCUAAAGAAUUGUGAUUUGAUAUUUUUAAUUUGUAAAUAAUUUGGAUUUUUAAAUUAUGUUGGGGCCACGCACUUUAUUUGUAUGUUUAAUGUUAACUAUAGAUAGCUUACCACAGAUAUGGCGAAAUAUCGUGGUUAAAAUAGUUCCAAUAGUGUAGUACCCCUUUGUAAUAAAGGGCUAACAUGUUAUCUAGUGGUCUAUAAAAGACAAUAAUACUGUUAGUUUCUAUUUCGUGACUUAAACUCUUUCUGUAGCUCAUGUCUGAUCGUCGUAAGCUGGAACAUAUGUCCAGCGCCACUCUUUUUACAAUAUAAAAUUUGGUGCCGAUGUGUCUUGAUCGGUCCAUCUGGUUGGUGAACGCCCGUUCUUUGUGUUACAAACAGAACAGUUGUGAGCAGUUUCACCAAGUUCUCAUCGUCUGCGCGGUAUUAUUGGCUUUUAGAUGUAAAGCGGGCCAACGUUAUGACAACUAGCUAGGUUCUAGUAUUAUUCAAUGAAGCAAUGUCAAUACUGUAUGACGUUUGUCUUGUAGUCCAAAGACAAUGUAUCUGGUACAUUAUACGGCAGUUACGGAUUUUAUAAGAGUUAUACUAUCUCAUUAAAAUGUCCGUUAUUUUAAAAGACCCAAGAUGAAUCUUGAAUUUAGCUGAGACUCAAUUUGUUGCCCAAUAUUUGAGCAAAACGUUAAACGUUCUGUAGACCAUAAAAUUGUAUAUGUAUGUAAAAACUGUAUUCUGAAGUAUCUACAUUUUCUGGAUUAUGACAGUUGUUAUAUUAUUUGAAACGUUUUAUGAGUAAUAAGGCAAAUGAACCAAAGUAGAGUAAUUUCGACGUUUUAGCAGAGUUUGACGAUAAAUUUAGACGUUACAUGAAUUUUACUUUGUUUUUUUAAUUUAAAGGAACAAUAAGGCGCCGUUCAAGUAUUACUUAAGCAGAUUUAAGGCAUUUACUCAAACAUGCCCCCCCCUCAAAAAGUAAGCAAAGCUCUCAAAAAAUAAUAGUACAAAAAUGUAUUUUAAAGGAUUUCUACAAAAAAUUAUUGUGGGUAAUAUGUGUAAAAAAAUUAAUUAAUUACUGUUGACGUAAUCACCAAUUAAGUAAAUCAAGGAACCCCCUCGCCCCUAUAGUGCUUACGUAAUACUUGAACAGCCCCUAACAAGAAUGUUUUUAGAUAGCUCAAAUGAAAUUUCCUUAAAGUUCUAUGGGCAAAAGUUAAUACAGAGCUCAAAACAAUGCUAGGAACUCGUAAAUUGUAUGUUUUUAAAAUUCGUUUUAAAUCAAUACUAUUGUAUAACUUUAAACUACAUACUAAAUUAUGAAUAAAACUAUUGACAUUAUUACUAACAUAAAUUGAGGGUACAUUAAAAAUUACCAACGUGUAGGAAAUGUGAAUUUUCUAGUCGUUGGUAAUUUUUCGACUUUUUUUUUUGGACUUUCAUAUUUUACACAUUACAAAUAGGUGCAUUCGGCCAAAUCGGGACCGCCAACUAAAGAUUUUAUUGAUCUCAAUUUAAUAUAUAAGGUUUCUUUAGUUCCUACUAAAGAUUCUGGCGCGUCCCAAACUAAGAAUUAACUAGACAAUUGUGACAUACAGUGCCUUUACUUGGGAAGUUGUGUUUGUCUCCUUUUGUCGUAUUAUGAGGGAAAGAGAUGCAAUAUGCUCUAUGUAGAAGUUAAAUCUGCUUAGGUGUUGCUUAUAAGACCGCAAAGAAUAUUUUAACAAUCACUCAAUCGUGUGCCUAUACAAUAUAAAUUGUAUACCGUCCGUAAUGCCUAUUUGAAUUGUGUUAUAGCCUAUUCCAAUCGUUAUUUUAGUUAAUUUCUGCAUAUUUCAAGUUACAAAAUAGAGGGUAGUCUUGUCAUUCUGUACUAGUGAUAUAUAAUAAAAAAAAAUGUCUAAUUUAACUUAUUCAUUAAAAGAAUUUGUCUUGUGUGGAGAAUAAUUUCUAGACGUCGUUAUUGCGUUUUACACAUGUACAACGCCAUCUAUUGUCAUGAAUUUUGACAGAUGUAUUGUGACAUUAAUACUUUUAUUUAAUUACGCUAGGUUUAGACAAAUUGUAGAUUAAUAAGUAUCUUAAAGUAAAAAUUGGGAAAGGCUGCAACAUGAAGUAUUUUCAGAUAACAUAUGUUAACAAUAACCUAUUGAAGAUUUGAAGAUUUUAAUCUGUGCCUUGUGCAAGUCUAUCAUAAAUUCCCCGUCACAUUUAGUGCCUGCAAACUGACAGAAUGCCUUAUAAAUUGUAUAAAUUGUUUUAUAAAUUAAAUGAGUAACAUGGAGUGGAAAGGAAAGAUGUAAAAUGAAAAUUAUUAUUUUGAUAUUAAAAAGUUUAUGUAUUUAGAAUUUUAAAUACAAUGCUAGCUUGUAGGGAUUGCCUGACAACAGCGAUUCCGUUUACAAUAUUAUAUGUACUACGUAAAUCCAACUUUCAUACAAACAUUGAUAGGUUUAAUGACGUCUGGUUCAUUGGAAUCAUUGUAUUAUUUAUUAUAAAACUCUUUUCCAUUCGAAAUGUUAUUUAUGCAUUUUUUCACGUAACGAUUGUUUAUAUUUUCUGUAUUGGACUGUUAUACUUUCGUAUUAUUUUAUCGUAAAUGGCUGUACUCGGAGUUAAUUAUAUUAUUGGUUAAUACAAGUUAAAUAACUAAAGAAGGGUACAACUCCUCCUUUUAUCAACUUUAUAAUAAAAGACAAGAACUUUUUAAGUCAUUAAUAACUUAGAACCAUUAAUUCGUAUUUAAGGCCUUUGAGUACGGCCGUUAGAUGUAUGUUAUAGACAAAUAAAUACUGUUUCCUCUAAAUUAUGUUGGUGCUUCUGAAUUGUUUAUUGUAAAUAAAAUGUGAUUUUAAAAUAGAAGAUGUAACGAAAUUUUGUGUUAUAAGUCUAGUUAGGAGUUUUUUUUUUAGAUGUGUUUUAAAAUUACCGAUUACCGAUAAAAUGCUCAGUGAUUAUCGGUAAAUUUUUAAAGCGGUACUGUGUAACUCCCAAUAACGAUUGGAAUUUAAAUUGAGCCUAUACUAGGCGAUCUCAAGCUAGCAACAUUAUCACUACAGAUAUUUAAAUAAAUAUGGAAAUUGGGUACAAAAAAUCUAUAUAGAAGUCUUCGAUCGCUAUUGGUAAUUACUAAACAUAGAUGGUGUUAUUAUAAAUAUAAUGUACAGUGAUAAAAUAGGUGUACAAUUUGGCUGCAUGUAUUGUUUGGGCUCGUGUGGGAAAUUUAAGAAUCUUUUGUGUGAUUUUACUUUGUCUAGCUACAAAUGUUUGACACAAUCAGACAGGGUUAGUGUUACGCAUUUUUUAAGGAUAAGGAAUUAAAAGAUGCCAUUGUUCGUGUAACUUUUAUCAUAUUUUUCUCCGUAUAAUAAAGUUUUCUUUAUUUACA